AUGGAAAAAAAACAAUUAAAUGAAAUAAUAUGUUCAUUUGAAACAUAUUUUAUUUCACGUUUAUGUCGUUCAAUAAAUAAAAAACGUAAAGAAUUAACAACAAGUGCUCUUUUAAGAUCAGCCCAUAUUCAAUUAGCUGAAAAAGAUGAUGAUGAAGAUGAUGAACAAAUUAAUGAAAAUGAAACUGAUGAUGAAGAAACAAUGCAAGAUAAUCAAGAUGAAAAUGAUCAAACAAAUACAUCAAAAAUCACUAUUAAAGAAGAUUUCAUUGAUGAUGUACCAGGUAAUCUUAUUGAAAAUAAAUAA